CGGAUUUGGCGGGGUCUUUGUCUCUCCCUGCAGCUGGAGCUCCAGGUCGUGUCUUCACUUCUCUGUGUCUUCUUCUCCUAGAGGUCCAGCCUCUGUGGCCCUGUGUCCUGCAGGUAUUGGGAGAUCCACAGCUAAGACGCCAGGACCCCCUGGAAGCCUAGAAAUGGGGCCAUUGCAAUUUAGAGAUGUGGCCAUAGAAUUCUCUCUGGAGGAGUGGCAUUGCCUGGACAUGGCACAGCGGAAUUUAUAUAGGGAUGUGAUGUUAGAGAACUACAGAAACCUGGUCUUUCUUGGUAUUGUUGUCUCAAAGCCAGACCUCAUCACCCAUCUGGAGCAAGGAAAAAAACCUUCGACUAUGAAGAGACAUGAGAUGGUAGCCAACCCCUCAGUUUUAUGUUCUCAUUUUAACCAAGACCUUUGGCCAGAGCAGAGCAUAAAAGAUUCUUUCCAAAAGCUGAUACUGAGAAGACAUAAAAAAUGUGGACAUGAUAAUUUACAGUUAAAAAAAGGCUGUGAAAGUGUGGAUGAGUGUAAAGUGCACAAAAGAGGUUAUAAUGGACUUAACCAAUGUUUCACAACUACCCAAAGCAAAGUGUUUCAAUGUGAUAAACAUGGGAAAGUCUUUCAUCAAUUUUCAAAUACAAACAGACAUAAGAUAAGACAUACUGGAAAAAAACCUUUCAAAUUUAUAGAAUGUGGCAAAGCUUUUAACCAGUCCUCAACCCUUACUACACAUAAGAAAAUUCAUACUGGAGAGAAACCCUAUAAAUGUAUAGAAUGUGGCAAAGCCUUCAACCGGUCCUCACACCUUACUACACAUAAGAUAAUUCAUACUGGAGAGAAACGGUACAAAUGUGAAGACUGUGGCAAAGCCUUUAACCGCUCCUCUAACCUUACUACACAUAAGAAAAUUCAUACUGGAGAGAAACCCUACAAAUGUGAAGAAUGUGGCAAGGCCUUUAAGCGCUCCUCUAUCCUUACUACACAUAAGAGAAUUCAUACUGGAGAGAAACCCUACAAAUGUGUAGAAUGUGGCAAAGUUUUUAAGUACCUUUCUUCCCUUUCUACACAUAAGAUAAUUCAUACUGGAGGGAAACCCUACAAAUGUGAAGAAUGUGGCAAAGCCUUCAACUGGUCCUCACACCUUACUACACAUAAGAGAAUUCAUACUGGAGAGAAACCCUACAAAUGUGAAGAAUGUGGCAAAGGCUUUAAGUACUCCUCUACCCUUACUAAACAUAAAAUAAUCCAUACUGGAGAGAAACCCUACAAAUGUGAAGAAUGUGGUGAAGCCUUUAAGUACUCCUGUUCCCUUACUGCACAUAAGAUAAUUCAUACUGGAAAGAAACCUUACAAAUGUGAAGAAUGUGGCAAAGUGUUUAAGCACUCUUCUCCCCUUUCUAAACAUAAGAGAAUUCAUACUGGAGAGAAACCCUACAAAUGUGAAGAAUGUGGCAAAGCCUUCAGUCGGUCCUCUAUUCUUACUACACAUAAGAUAAUUCACACUGGAGAGAAACCCUACGAAUGUGAAGACUGUGGCAAAGCCUUUAACCGCUCCUCUAACCUUACUAAACACAAGAAAAUUCAUACUGGAGAGAAGCCUUACAAAUGUGAAGAAUGUGGCAAGGCCUUUAAGUGCUCCUCUAUUCUUACUACACAUAAGAGAAUUCAUACUGCAGAUAAACCCUACAAAUGUGAAGAAUGUGGCAAAGACUUUAAGUACUCCUCUACCCUUACUAGACAUAAGAGAAUUCAUACUGGAGAGAAACCCUACAAAUGUGAAGAAUGUGGCAAAGCUUUUAAUCAUCCCGCAACCCUUUUUUCACAUAAGAAAAUUCAUACUGGAGGGAAACCACACAAGUGCGAUAAAUGUGGCAAAGCCUUUAUCUCAUCCUCAAACCUCAGUAGACAUGAGAUAAUUCAUAUGGGAGGGAAUCCCUAUAAAUGUGAAAACGUGACAAACCUUAGACACUCCUCUACCCUUACUAGACAUAAGAUAAUUCAUACUGGAGAGAAACCCUAUGAGUUUGAUGAAUGUGGGAAAGCCUUUAACCAGCUAUCAACUUUUACUAAAUAUGAGAAUUUAUGGAACACAAACACUACAAAUAUAAAGAAUGUGACAAAGCUUUUAGGAAGUUCUCAACCCUUAUUACACAUAAUUCAUACUGGAUAGAAACCCUACACCUGUGAAGAAUGUGGCAUAGCGUAUAACAAUUUUCAAUCAAUUCUUCUUUUUUUUUUUUUGAGAUGAAGUUUCAUGCUUGUCACCCAAGCUGGAAAACAAUGUAAUGAUCUCGGAUCACUGAAACCUCUGCCUCCCGGGUUCAAGCCAUUUUCCUGCCUCAGCUUGUCUAGUAGAUGAGAUUAUGGGGGGUGGAGCCAAGAUGGCUGAAUAGGAACAGCUCCUGUCUACAGCUCCCAGCCUGAGUGACGCAGAAGAUGGGUGAUUUCUGCAUUUCCCUCUGAUGUACCAGGUUCAUCUCACUAGGGAGUGCCAGACAGUGGCUGCAGGACAGUGGGUGCAGCGCACUGUGCAUGAGCCGAACCAGGGCGAGGCAUUGCCUCACUCACGAAGUGCAAGGAGUCAGGGAGUUCCAUUUCCUAGUCAAAGAAAAGGGCGACAGAUGGCACCUGGAAAAUCGGGUCACUCCCACCCUAAUACUGCGCAAUUCCAAUGGGCUUAAAAAAUGGCACACCAGAUUAUAUCCUGCACCUGGCUCAGAGGGUCCUAUGCCCACGGAGUCUCACUGAUUGCUAGCACAGCAGUCAGAGAUCAAACUGCAAGGCAGCAGCGAGGCUGGGGGAGGAGCGCUUGCCAUUGCCCAGGCUUGCUUAGGUAAAGCAGCUGGGAAGCUAGAACUGGGUGGAGCCCACCACAGCUCAAGGAGACCUGCCUGCCUCUGUAGACUCCACCUCUGGGGGCAGGGCACAGACAAAAAGACAGCAGUAACCUCUGCAGACUUAAACGUCCCUGUCUGACAGCUUUGAAGAGAGUAGUGGUUCUCCCAGCACGCAGCUGGAGAUCUGAGAAUGGGCAGACUGCCUCCUCAAGUGGGUCUCUGACCCCCGAGCAGCCUAACUGGGAGGCACCCCCAGUAGGGGCAGACUGACACUUCACACGGCUGGGUACUCCUCAUACAAAACUUCCAGAGGACCGAUCAGGCAGCAGCAUUUGCGGUUCAUGAAAAUCCGCUGUUCUACAGCCACCACUGCUGAUAACCAGGCAAACAGCGUCUGGAGUGGACCUCUAGCAAACUCCAACAGACCUGCAGCUGAGGGUCCUGUCUGUUAGAAGGAAAACUAACAAACGGAAAGGACAUCCACACCAAAAGCCCAUCUGUACAUCACCAUCAUCAAAGACCAAAAGUAGAUAAAACCACAAAGAUGGGGAAAAAACAGAGCAGAAAAACUGGAAACUCUAAAAAUCAGAGUGCCUCUCCUCCUCCAAAGGAACGCAGUUCCCCACCAGCAACAGAACAAAGCUGGAUGGAGAAUGACUUUGAUGAGUUGAGAGAAGAAGGCUUCAGAUGAUCAAACUACUCCGAGCUACAGGAGGAAAUUCAAACCAAAGGCAAAGAAGUUAAAAACUUUGAAAAAAAAUUAGAUGAAUGUAUAACUAGAAUAACCAAUGCAGAGAAAUACUUAAAGGACCUGUUGGAGCUGAAAGCCAAGGCUCAAGAACUAUGUGAAGAAUGCAGAAGCCUCAGGAGCCAAUGCGAUCAACUGGAAGAAAGGGUAUCAGUGAUGGAAAAUGAAGUGAAGUGAGAAGGGAAGUUUAGAAAAAAAAAAUUAAAAAGAAACAAAGUCUCCAAGAAAUAUGGGACUAUGUGAAAAGACCAAAUCUACCUCUGAUUGGUGUACCUGAAAGUGAGGGGGAGAAUGGAACCAAGUUGGAAAACACUCUGCAGGAUAUUAUCUAGGAUAACUUCCCCAAUCUAGCAAGGCAGGCCAACAUUCAGAUUCAGGAAAUACAGAGAACGCCACAAAGAUACUCCUUGAGAAGAGCAACUCCAAGACACAUAAUUGUCAGAUUCACCAAAGUUGAAAUGAAGGAAAAAAUGUUAAGGGCAGCCAGAGAGAAAGGUCGAGUUACCCACAAAGGGAAGCCCAUCAGACUAACAGCGGAUCUGUCAGCAGAAACUCUAUAACCCAGAAGAGAGUGGGGGCCAAUAUUCAACAUUCUUAAAGAAAAGAAUUUUCAACCCAGAAUUUCAUAUCCAGCCAAACUAAGCUUCAUAAGUGAAGGAGAAAUAAAAUACUUUACAGACAAGCAAAUGCUGAGAGAUUUUGUCACCACCAGGCCUGCCCUAAAAGAGCUCCUGAAGGAAGUGCUAAACAUGGAAAGGAACAACCAGUACCAGCCGCUGCAAAAUCAUGCCAAAAUGUAAAGACCAUCGAGACUAGGAAGAAACUGCAUGAACUAACAAGCAAAAUAACCAGCUAACAUCAUAAUGACAGGAUCAAAUUCUCACAUAACAAUAUUAGCUUUAAAUAUAAAUGGGCUAAAUGCUCCAAUUAAAAGACACAGACUGGCAAAUUGGAUAAAGAGUCAAGACCCAUCAGUGUGCUGUAUUCAGGAAACCCAUCUCACGGGCAGAGACACACAUAGGCUCAAAAUAAAAGGAUGGAGGAAGAUCCACGAAGCAAAUGGAAAACAAAAAAAAAAAGGCAGGGGUUGCAAUCCUAGUCUCUGAUAAAACAGACUUCAAACCAACAAAGAUCAAAAGAGACAAGGCCAUUACAUAAUGGUAAAGGGAUCAAUUCAACAAGAAGAGCUAACUAUCCUAAAUAUAUAUGCACCCAAUACAGGAGCACCCAGAUUCAUAAAGCAAGUCCUAAGUGACCUACAAAGAGACUUACACUCCCACACAAUAAUAAUGGGAGACUAACACCCCACUGUCAACAUUAGACAGAUCAAUGAGACAGAAAGUUAACAAGGAUAUCCAGGAAUUGAACACAGCUCUGCACCAAGCGGACCUAAUAGACAUCUACAGAACUCUCCACCCCACAUCAACAGAAUACACAUUCUUUUCAUCACCACACCACACCUAUUCCAAAAUUGACCACAUAAUUGGAAGUAAAGCACUCCUCAGCAAAUGUAAAGGAACAGAAAUUAUAACAAACUGUCUCUCAGACCACAGUGCAAUCAAACUAGAACUCAGGAUUAAGAAACUCACUCAAAACCACUCAACUACAUGGAAACUGAACAACCUGCUCCUGAAUGACUACUGGGUACAUAAUGAAAUGAAGGCAGGAAUAAAGAUGUUCUUUGAAACCAACAAGAACAAAGACACAACAUACCAGAAUCUCUGGGACACAUUCAAAGCAGUGUGUAGAGGGAAAUUUAUAGCACUAAAUGCCCACAAGAGAAAGCAGGAAAGAACCAAAAUUAACAGCCUAACAUCACAAUUAAAAGAACUAGAAAUGCAAGAGCAAACACAGUCAAAAACUAGCAGAAGGCAAGAAAUAACUAAAAUCAGAGCAGAACUCAAGGAAAUAGAGACACAAAAAACCCUUCAAAAAAUUAGUGAAUCCAGGAGCUGGUUUUUUGAAAGGAUCAACAAAAUUGAUAGACCGCUAGCAAGACUAAUGAAGAAAAGAGAGAAGAAUCAAAUAGAUGCAAUAAAAAAUGAUAAAGGGGACAUCACCACUGAUCCCACAGAAAUACAAACUACCAUCAGAGAAUACUACAAACACCUCUAUGCAAAUAAACUAGAAAAUGUAGAAGAAAUGGAUAAAUUCCUCAACACAUACACCCUCCCAAGACUAAACCAGGAAGAAGUUGAAUCUCUGAAUAGACCAAUAACAGCCACUGGGGUUGAGGUGAUAAUCAAUAGCUUACCAACCAAAAAGAGUCCAGGACCAGAUGGAUUCACAGCCGAAUUCUACCAGAGGUACAAGGAGGAGCUGAUACUAUUCCUUCUGAAACUAUUCCAAUCAAUAUGAAAAGAAGGAAUCCUCCCUAACUCAUUUUAUGAGGCCAGCAUCUUCCUGAUACCAAAGCUGGGCAGAGACACAACAAAAAAAGAGAAUUUUAGACCAAUAUCCUUGAACAUUGAUGUGAAAAUCCUCAAUAAAAUACUGGCAAACCGAAUCCAGCAGCACAUCAAAAAGCUUAUCCACCAUGAUCAAGUGGGCUUCAUCCCUGGGAUGCAAGGCUGGUUCAACAUACGCAAAUCAAUAAAUGAAAUCCAGCAUAUAAACAGAACCAAAGACAGAAACCACAUGAUUAUCUCAAUAGAUGCAGAAAAGGCCUUUGACAAAAUUCAACAACACUUCAUGCUAUAAAUUAGGUAUUGAUGGGAUGUAUCUCAAAAUAAUAAGAACUAUCUAUGACAAGCCCACAGCCAAUAUCAUACUGAAUGGGCAAAAACUGGAAGCAUUCCCUUUGAAAACUGGCACAAGACAGGGAUGCCCUCUCUCACCACUCCUAUUCAACAUAUUGUUGGAAGUUCUGGCCAGGGCAAUUAGGCAGGAGAAGGAAAUAAAGGGUAUUCAAUUAGGAAAAGAGGAAGUCAAAUUGUCCCUCUUUGCAGAUGACAUGAUUGUAUAUCUAGAAAACCCCAUUGUCUCAGCCCAAAAUCUCCUUAAGCUGAUAGGCAACUUCAGCAAAGUCUCAGGAUACAAAAUCAAUGGACAAAAAUCACAAACAUUCUUAUACACCAACAACAGACAAACAGAGCCAAAUCAUGAGUGAACUCCCAUUCACAAUUGCUUCAAAGAGAAUAAAAUACCUAGGAAUCCAACUUACAAGGGACAUGAAGGACCUCUUCAAGGAGAACUACAAACCACUGCUCAAUGAAAUAAAAGAGGAUACAAACAAAUGGAAGAACAUUGCAUGCUCAUGGGUAGGAAGAAUCAAUAUCAUAUCAUGAAAAUGGCCCAUACUGCCCAAGGUAAUUUAUAGAUUCAAUGCCAUCCCCAUCAAGCUACCAAUGACUUUCUUCACAGAACUGGAAAAAACUACUUUAAAGUUCAUAUGGAAUCAAAAAAGAGCCCACAUUGCCAAGUCAAUCCUAAGCCAAAAGAAUAAAGCCGGAGGCAUCACGCUACCUGACUUCAAACUAUACUACAAGGCUACAGUAACCAAAACAGCACGGUACUGGUACCAAAACAGAGAUAUGGAUCAAUGGAACAGAACAGAGCCCUCAGAAAUAAUGCCGCAUAUCUACAACUAUCUGACCUUUGACAAACCUGACAAAAACAAGCAAUGGGGAAAGGAUUCCCUAUUUAAUAAAUGGUGCUGGGAAAACUGUCUAGCCAUAUGUAGAAAGCUGAAACUGGAUCCCUUCCUUACACCUUAUACAAAAAUUAAUUCAAGAUGGAUUAAAGACUUACAUGUUAGACCUAAAACCAUAAAAACUCUAGAAGAAAACCUAGGCAAUACCAUUCAGGACAUAGGCAUGGGCAAGGACUUCAUGUCUAAAACACCAAAAGCAAUGGCAACAAAAGCCAAAAUCGACAUAUGGGAUCCAAUUAAACUAAAGAGCUUCUGCACAGCAAAAGAAACUAUCAUCAGAGUGAACAGGCAACCUACAAAAUGGGAGAAAAUUUUCACAACCUACUCAUCUGACAAAGGGCUAAUAUCCAGAAUCUACAAUGAACUCAAACAAAUUUACAGGAACAAACAACCCCAUCAAAAAGUGGGCAAAGGACAUGAACAGACACUUCUCAAAAGAAGACAUUUAUGCAGCCAAAGAACACAUGAAAAAAUGCUCAUCAUCACUGGCCAUCAGAGAAAUGCAAAUCAAAACCACAAUGAGAUACCAUCUCACACCAGUUAGAAUGUCAAUCAUUAAAAAGUCAGGAAACAACAGGUGCUGGAGAGGAUGUGGAGAAAUAGGAACACUUUGACACUGUUGGUGGGACUGUAAACUAGUUCAACCAUUGUGGAAGUCCGUGUGGCGAUUCCUCAGGGAUUGAGAACUAGAAAUAGCAUUUGACCCAGCCAUCCAAUUACUGGGUAUAUACCCAAAGUAAUAUAAAUCAUGCUGCUAUAAAGACACAUGAACACGUAUGUUUAUUGCGGCACUAUUCACAAUAGCAAAGACUUGGAACCAACCCAAAUGUCCAACAACGAUAGACUGGAUUAAGAAAAUGUGGCACAUAUACACCAUAGAAUACUAUGCAGCCAUAAAAAUGAUGAGUUCAUGUCCUUUUUAGGGACAUGGAUGAAACUGGAAAUCAUCAUUCUCAGCAAACUAUCACAAGGACAGAAAACCAAACACUGCGUGUUCUCACUCAUAGGUGGGAAUUGCAGAAUGAGAACACAUGGACACAGGAAGGGGAACAUCACACUCCGGGGACUGUUGUGGGGUGGGGGCAGGGGGGAGGGAUAGCAUUAGGAGAUAUACCUAAUGCUAAAUGAUGAGUUAAUGGGUGCAGUACACCAACAUGGCACAUGUAUACAUAUGUAACAAACCUGCACAUUGUGCAUCUGUACCCUAAAACUUAAAGUACAAUAAUAAUAAAAUAAAAAAAUUAAAAAAGAUUACAAGUGCCUACCACCAUGCCCAGCUAAUUUUCAUAUUUUUAGUAGAGAUGCAAUUUUAUCAUGUUUUUCAUGGUGGUCUCAAACUCCUGACCUCAGGCGAUCCACCUGCUUUGGCCUCCUAAAGUGCUGGAAUUACAGGCAUGAACCAUGAUGCCUGGCCACCAUUUCUUAAUUCUUAAGAGAUUUGGUGAUAAUUCCUGCUGAAGAAGAACUCUACAAACCUAAAAAACAUGUGACAGUGCUUUUACCAACACCUCCAAAUUCUCUAUAUAUAACAAUAAUUAUUGUGGUGUGAAACCCUAGAAACAUAUAAAAUGUGACAAAGCCUUUAUGUGGUUGCCACACUUGAUUGUAGGUAAGACUGCAAAACUCCUACUGUCAUACUGGCAAAACUCCUACAAGUUUGAAGAAUGUGGCAAAACAUUUAAUCAGUUCUUACCCCUUAUUUCACAGGAAAGCUAUUAUCAUUGAGAAAAAUUGUACAAAUAUAAAGAAUAUGGAAAACCCAUUAAUUCCUACUCACAUCUUAACAUAAAACCCAUUAAUUCCUACUCACAUCUUAACAUAAAAAGGUUCCUUUUAAUAAAAGCAUUAAAAGUGCAAUUACUGUCAAAAAAAUCUUUCAGAAUCUAUAAGCCUUUAAAAUGAAGAAAAGUAUUUAUUUUGAAGACAACUAUUAGAACUAUAAAGGGGUGGCCGGGCGCGGUGGCUCACGCCUGUAAUCCCAGCACUUUGGGAGGCCGAGGCGGGCGGAUCACGAGGUCAGGAGAUCGAGACCAUCCUGGCUAACAUGGUGAAACCCCGUCUCUACUAAAAAUACAAAAAAUUAGCCGGGCGUGGUGGCGGGCGCCUGUAGUCCCAGCUACUCGGGAGGCUGAGGCAGGAGAAUGGCGUGAAUCUGGGAGGCGGAGCUUGCAGUGAGCUGAGAUUGCGCCACUGCACUCCAGCCUGGGCGACAGAGCCAGACUCCGUCUCAAAAAAAAAAAAAAAGAAAAAGAACUAUAAAGGGGCUUAUAGCGCAUUUACUUGUAUCACAGAUCUUAUUGCGCACAUUUAUACCAGAGGAAAACAGUGAAGCAAUUGCUCAAGCUUUGUUCAACAUCAGGGAAUUUGUAUUGGAGAUUAGUCCUGCAAAUGUAAUAAGUUUAGAAACACUUUUUUUUUUCAGAAACAACAGCUUAGAAAACACCAGAGAGUUUAUACUAAAGUAUAAUUUUGCAGAUGCAGUAAAUAUAAAAACAAUUCAAAAUAGAAUGUAUAUAAAUGUCAGAAUUUACAGUAGUAAACUAAGGCACUGACACUUAAGACAUUACACUAAAUCAGAGUGUUGAGUAUAAAAACUAAUCCACAACUACAGUUUUAGAUAAAUGAUUUGUAUGUAACUUUAAAAAGAUUUUUGGAAGCAUUGUAAUUACAUUGAAAGUAUACUUGUUUCCUUGAAUAAAAUUUUUUGAAAACUGAAUAAUGAUAUAAUACAGCUUUCAAAUUACUUUAUGCUGUUAAUUUAUUCCUGUUUUAUUCACAUGUGAAAGCAUGUGAUCGAUUGCUUCUGCAUCAGAGAUAUUAGAUAUUUUUAAAAAUUAUUUGGACAUUAUGACCUUUUCUAUAAAAGAAUAAGGACAUUAAAAUGUAAGAUGCAUAAUGAAAAUAUAAGUGGAGAGGUUCUUUGUAGUAAAUCUCUAUUAAGUAUAAGGUAAAUGUUCAGAGCAAUACUUUUCUACAUUAUAUAGUCACUAGGAAAUAAUUAUAGUUAAAAGUAUAUUAAAAUAAAAUAGUAUAUUAUUUUACUAAUUGUACUUUUAUGUAAUGAAAUACAGUACAUUUAAAAAUUGCUAGGGCUGGGCUCAAUGGCGCAUGCCUGUAAUCCCAGCACUUGGGGAGGUCGAGAGGGUGGAACACCUGAGGUCAGGAGUUCGAGACCAGCCUGACCAACAUGGAGAAACCCCAUCUCUACUAAAAAUACUAAAAAUACUUAGGAGGCUGAGGCAGGAGAAUUGCUUGAACAAGGGAGGCAGAGGUUGUGGCGAGCCAAGAUCUUGCCAUUGCACUCCAUCCUGGACAAUAAGAAAAAAACUGCCCCCACCCCCCCCAAAAAAAGUUAGAUUAUGUGUGAACUUAAUUUUAUUAUUUUUUAAUCAUGUUAAGACUACCGUGCAUUUAAUGAAGCAUUAUUAUGCCACUAACUUUAAACGAUCCUACCUUACUCAAGGGUGAAGCUACAAGAUGGUAACAAUACACAAUUUGGCAUAUAGUGGAAUAACAUUUCUAGUAAUCACUUUGCCCAUUGCUUUAAACUGCAAAUGAGUUAAAGAAUAUUGUUCCCACAGAUUAAAUUUUUACUCUAUUUUCUUCUUGAAAUUUGUUAUUUGUAUUUGCGCGUAUAUAGUAUGUGUAUGUAUUUAUGCCUUAUAUGGCAUCUUUUGACUCAGGCCUACAAUAUGCAGUAAUUACAUUAGGGUAAAUAAGGUGUCCGUCACCUCUAGCAUUUAUCCUUUGUAUUACCAAAAGUGUAAUUAUAUGCUUUUGUUCAUUUUAAAAUGUACAAUUAAAUUGUUAUUGACUACAGGAUUUUUUAUGGUUAUAAUAAUUAUUCAAAAAUACAAAUAAAAUAUGUCCAGGUGCAGUGGCUCAUGCCUGUAAUUCCAGCACUUUGAGAGGCCAAGGCAGGUGGAAUGCUUGAGGCUAGGGGUUCAAGACCAGCCUGGCCAACAUGGUGAAACCCCUUCUCUACUAAAAAUACAAAAAUUGGCCAGGCAUCUUGGUGCACACCUGGAGGCUGAGGCAGGAGAAUUGUUUGAACCCGGGAGGUGGAGGUUGCAGUGAGCCAAGGUCGCACCACUACACUCCAGCAUGGAUGACAGAGUGAGACUCCAUUUCAAAAAAAAAAAAAAUAGAAAUAAAGUCCAUACAUUUCUGAGUCCUGAAAGUUUAUUAAUAAAUAUUUGUUAUAUAGCUGUCUUUGAACAUGUGGUCUCUCUGCCUGCAAGCAUAUAGACUUUUCGUUUUAAUUUACAUAGAGUUAAAUAUACUCAUAUUACUCUGAAGAUAAACCUUAGGUGUAUGAAAAUUAUGAAGCGAGUGUUUUUAUGAGUAUGAGUUUGUACAUAUUUUCAGAAGGAAAGAGCAAUUAUUGCAACAAAACAAAUCAUUUUAAUUAGAUGAUUAACAAAACUAAACACCUUGAAAAUGCUAAAAGCAAAUCUAUACUUUCUGGUUUGUGUUCAAUUUAUUAGUGUAAAAUGUUAUGGCUUAUUCGGAUUCUCCCCGGAAUCUGCCUAUUAAAGCACAGGCAACUUUGUCUCCAGAAACAACACUCUUGAGUACAACAAUAAAACCCCUCUUCAAACAAACAAACAAAAAAAUCAUUUUAACACCUAUUUUAAUGAACAUUCAACCAAAAUUGAAUAAUUGAAUAUAUUUUUAUUGUUCUAUGUGUGUGUGAACAUAUAAAAUGGUGCAUAAAGGAAAAAUGAGCCAGAAAAAAAUGUUAGUUAAGAUUUGUAGUGAAUAAAACUGGAAAGUAGUUAAUUAUUAUAUCCAGUUGAUAUCUUUGUUUAUGUAGAUAACAAAAGUCACAGAAAGACUUUUUUUUUUCUUUUUCAAGAUGGAGUCUUGCUCUGUCACCCAGGCUGGAGUGCAGUGGCGUGAUAGCCCACUGUAACCUCCACCUCCUGAGAUCAAGCAAUUCUUGUGCCUCAGCCAUUUUAGUACCUGGGAUUACAGGUGUGUGCUACCAAGCCUGACUAAUUUUCAUAUUUUUAGAAGAGACAGGGUUUCAUCAUGUUGGUCAGACUGGUCUCAAACAGCUGACCUCAUGAUCUGCCUGCCUCAGCAUCCCACAGUGCUGAUAUUACAGGUAUGAGCCACUGUGACUGGCAAAAGACUA